CUUUUAAAUAUCCAUUCAUUUCUUUCUUUUUUCCUUCAACAAAACAUUAUAAUAUCAAACAAUAAAUUAGGUGAUCAAAGAGCUUAAGAAGAAGAAGAAAAAACAAAAACAAAUUAAGGAUGUAUACAAUGAGGAGUUUCAAGUAUAUUGCAAUUAUGAUCAUUGUUUUUCUUGUUUUCCUUCCAAUUGUCAUGAAUGCAAGGCAAAUUCCCAAGAUUAACUCAUAUGAAAGACAUAUGGUCAUGGCAAAAAGAGCAUAUACAUUGCAAGUAGCAGGAUCAAGAUUACCAGAUUGUUCUCAUGCAUGUGGAUCAUGUAAACCUUGUAGAUUAGUGAUGGUUAGUUUUGUUUGUUCAUCAUUAGAAGAAGCUGAGACUUGUCCUGUUGCUUACAAAUGUAUGUGCCAUAACAAAUCAUACCCUGUACCUUAAUUAAUUAAUCAUUAGUUUUUUUAAAAAAAAAUAACUAUAUGUUAGUUAUGUUAUCAAUUUUCCAACUAAUAUCAUAUAUGUUACAUAUAGUACUUCUUAAUAUCCUUUAGUUCCCUAGUGUAGGGUCUAAUUUGUAGGAUCAUUUCUCAUAUGUACUCAAUGAGAGUUUCUUCUUUCAUUUUUUUUA